CAAGCCCCAAACACCGCAGAGUGAACCGUAACACUUUCUUGUCAUGGUUUUGAGCUUUUUAUCAAUAUUUGCAGUUUUUCUAAUCGAAUGUGAGAGGGCGCGAGACAGAUCAGUGUUUCAUCGGCGAUGAAGGCGAUCGUGAUAACGAGCCCCGGCGGGCCGGAGGUCCUCCAGCUCCAGGACGUCGAGGAUCCCUCCAUCAAAGACGACGAGGUUCUCAUCCAGGUCGCCGCCACUGCUCUCAACGGCGCAGACCUCAGCCAGCGAAUGGGCUCCUACUCUCCUCCCAAGGGCGCCAGCCCAUACCUCGGUCUUGAGUGUUCCGGCACCAUCCUUGCCGUCGGCUCGUCCGUCCACCGAUGGAAACCUGGCGAUCAGGUUUGCGCUCUUCUUAGUGGAGGUGGGUAUGCUGAGAAGGUGGCCGUCCCGGUAGGUCAGGUGCUACCCGUGCCUGAAGGCGUCUCUUUGAGGGAUGCCGGGGCCUUGCCAGAAGUAGUGUGCACCGUCUGGUCGACGGUGUUCAUGAUGAGCCACUUGUCACCAGGGGAGUCUUUUCUGAUUCAUGGAGGAUCAAGUGGAAUUGGUACAUUUGCUAUCCAGAUUGCAAAGCACCUUGGAGUGAGGGUAUUUGUUACCGCAGGAAAUGAAGAGAAACUUGCUGCCUGCAAGAAUCUUGGUGCUGAUGUAUGCAUCAAUUAUAAGACUGAAGAUUUUGUUGCUCGAAUAAAGGAAGAAACAGGAGGGAAAGGUGUUGAUGUUAUAUUAGACAAUGUUGGUGGCCCUUACUUACAAAGAAAUCUUGAAAGCUUAAACAUUGGUGGAAGGCUUUUCCUCAUUGGUUUCCUAGGAGGUGCAGUGACAGAAGUUAACCUUGCACCUCUGCUAAUAAAGCGUCUUACAGUGCAAGCUGCUGGGUUGCGGAGUAGGAGCCCCGAAAACAAGGUGGAAAUAGUGAAGGAGGUGGAGAAGCAUGUCUGGCCAGCAAUAGCUGCCAGCAAAGUGAAGCCUGUGAUCUAUAAGUCUCUACCAUUAUCUGAAGCAGCAGAGGGUCACAGGCUUAUGGAAAGCAGCAUUCACAUUGGCAAGAUAAUUCUUAUCCCCUGAUUUGCAAAACAAAGCUAGUACUGUAUCUGUUUGGCAGAGUGCUUGUGCGAGUGUUGUGUAUAGUGUAUAUCCAUUUAACAAUUUGAUGAUCCUCAUUUGGUGGUGUGCCUGGAUGUUUAUAGACAACCAGAUCAAUGCCUUGAGUAUUUUCCUAUAAAAUGAUGAUUGUUGUUGUUUGCUCA